CCGAUCCGUACCCGGCAUUCGGUUGCUAACGAUCGUCCAUAGCGGGUCUCGCGCUGUGUAGCUCACGCGGCUUAGUAGAAGGAAUAAGCUUCACUCUCCGCUCGCAACAGUGCGGAUUGUUAGAUGAAAGCUUCUGCCGAGCAUGUGUCUUUUUGUGUGUUGAAACGUGUUGAUUGUUCAAAAGUUUUCAGUGAAUCCAAAAAUCCAGCACAAUCGUCUGUGUUUUCGGUUCGAAGAUUCAGUGUCUCAAGUGUUUCGUGAAGGCCACGCGGUUCCGCGACAUCGGAAGCAUUUAGGAUUAUCUAACUUGCUAACGGUUCGUGACCUUGGGCACCUCGCCUACCAGCUCAAAAAUGUCCGGUGAGGAAGCGAAUGGUAAACCGGUUGGGGCGCCCGACUCCACGACGGGCCCCACUGGCCGUAUUCUGCCGGCCGACAGCUACAUCAGCACCGAUCCGUCUAUCCCGGUGAAGCUACGCAUCGCCAAGGAGGGCUUGGCCUCGCUCGAUCCCCUCUCGGUGCCGGAUCUGAUGAACCGAACGGUGCGUGACCAUCCCGACCAUCCCGCCAUGGUGUACCAGGAUUCGCAGAAAAAGUGGCAAACCGUCACCUAUCGCGAGUACCGCGACCGGGUCUAUCACAUGGCGAAGGUGUUCGUCAAGCUGGGCCUGGAACCGCACCACACCGUCGCCGUCCUUGCCUUCAACAGUCCCGAGUGGUUCGUGGCCGAACUGUCGGCGAUCCAUGCUGGUGGAAUUAUCGCCGGUGUGUACACCACCAACUCGGCCGAAUCGGUGCAACACGUACUGGAGAGUUCCCGGGCCCAGAUUGUGGUGGUUGACGACGCGAAGCAGAUGGAAAAAGUGCGCUCCAUUCGCCCGAAUCUGCCGCUCCUGAAAACCGUCAUUCAAACGAUGCCACCGUACGCACCGUAUGUGAAGCGCGAGGACGGUUACUAUCGCUGGUCGGAGCUUGUGGAAAUGAACGUGGACGAUGUGGAGGAAGAGUUCAACAAUCGUUUAGCCAAUAUUGCCAUCAAUCAGUGCUGCUGCCUGGUGUACACGUCUGGUACGGUGGGUAAUCCGAAGGGAGUGAUGCUGAGCCACGACAGUCUCACCUGGGACUCGUACUCGAUCGGCAAACGGUUGCACCAGAUCCGGUACGCCGAAGAGGUGCUCGUAUCCUUUCUUCCCCUCAGUCACGUGGCAGCCCAGAUGGUGGAUAUCUUCUUGACCCUACAGUUCGCUUGCACCGUGUACUUUGCCGAUAAGGACGCAAUGAAAGGAACGUUACUCCAUACGCUGCAGGAAGCGAAACCGACGCGUAUGCUGGCCGUUCCGCGGGUAUACGAGAAGAUCCAGGAGAAGAUGCUGGCGGUCGGUGCGCAGAGCACCGCCUUGCGCAAGAUGGUGGCCGGCUGGGCGAAGAGUGUCACCCUGCAGCAUCACCUGAACGCGAUGGAGGGAAAGCCCACGAACUCGUGGCAGUACCGGUUGGUGCGCAACUAUCUGCUGUCGAAGGUGAAGGAUGCGCUCGGUUUUUCGCGUUGCCUGACACUUGCGACGGCUGCCGCACCGAUGGAUCGCGAGACGAAGAAGUACUUUAUGAGCCUCGAUUUGCCGAUCAACGAAGCGUUCGGCAUGUCGGAAUCAUCCGGUGCCCACUCGCUGACCGCUCCGGAUAGCUACAACUUUGACACGAUCGGAAAGGCGCUCGGUGGUUGCGAGACGAAGAUUGACAAACCGGACGAGCGGGGCCACGGUGAGAUUUGUAUGCGUGGACGCCACAUCCUGAUGGGGUACAUCGGGGAGGAGGCGAAAACACAGGACGCGAUCGAUGAGGAUGGCUGGCUGCACUCCGGUGACGUCGGAUACAUUGAUGAUGCUGGGUUCAUCUACAUCACCGGACGUAUCAAGGAACUGAUUAUCACUGCUGGUGGUGAGAACAUACCGCCGGUUAACGUGGAGAAUCUCGUCAAGAAUGAGCUUCCGUUUGUGAGCAACGCGUUCUUGGUCGGCGAUAAGCGCAAGUUCCUGACCAUGCUGAUUACGCUCAAGACGCAGAUGAACCUCGAUACGGGCGCACCGAAGGACGAACUAACAGCGGAGACGAUCGCCGCCCUCAAGGAGUUUGGGGCGGAGUACGGCAAACUGAGCGAAAUCCAUGCCGCUGGUCCCUGUCCGAAGGUACUCAAAGCUAUCCAGGAGGGAAUUGACCGGGCGAACCUGAAGGCCAUCUCGAACGCACAAAAGAUUCAAAAGUUUGCCCUGCUCAAGGAAGACUUCUCCGUUCCUGGUGGUGAGCUAGGCCCUACGUUGAAGGUGAAACGUAACGUUGUAGUGGAGAAGAACAAGGACAUUAUCGAGGGCUUCUACUAACGAUGUCCAUUCGCUCCUGCGUCUGCGCUUCACACAAUUCGUUAGCUUACUGAUAGUGUUUUGUGAAAAUUCUGCACCCACAAAGGGCGGGGUGUGAUUUAUGUUUUGUUUUUUCUUUUUUCUUUUGGCUAUUCGCUAAAACUACUAUUAACCUACUGUUUCUGCUCAUGGAGAUCGAUGGGACAAGUGUGACACUAUUAAGAUUAGAGUGGCAGUGGAAGCGCCACCGAGCCGCGUUGAAUGCGCCUGAAUGCAGGAAAAAAACCUCCUUCGUGGCCGUCGCUGCUGCAGCCGCGCUGGAAGCUUGCAACGCUGCGAAGGAUGCCUGCGACUAGUUAGAGAUUCUUGUUUGUUAAACCUGUGCCUUGAGAGAUUGUGUCCCGGCGAUGAGGAGGGCGUUAAAGGGGAGAAUGAUUGUUGGUUUGUCUAUUGGUCGUAAUGUUUUCGAUUGUAAUUUGGUGAUAUUGUUGUUCGCGAGUGUGUACGGCUGAACGACAUUCCUUCAGUGACCCUAGCGCGUCGUUGGUAAACCGUAGCUAAAGACAUGCGGAGACACACUUUUGCCAGCGCAUUACCUUGCCAUACUGCAUUUAGUCAUUCCUGUCCUCUGCGGCUCACAGUUACACGCCAAACGCGGUUGUAAAUAGAUAGAGAGAGAUGUGAAUGUUCUGGUGCCUUCACAAAAAAAAACAAAAUCAAACAAACCAAUUCAAAGCGAUUUAUAUAAGAAUAAAAUCAAACGAAAACUUUCUAAAACGAC